GGCGAAGCACAUGCACAAGUAUGCACUCGUUCCGGAUGCAUACGCGCCUGCCUGCUUCUGUCAUGCAUUCAUUACUGAUUAACAUUGCCUGGCAUUGCCUUGCAUUGAAUGAGCCACUUUACCUCCCGUUGCCCCAGUCUACGAUACUUCGCCCUGUCAAUGAUCACGUCUGCAGAUAUCAAGGGACUGAUUUCUUUCGUCAGCAUCGCGCACACUUGCCUUUGACGACGUUUCCGGAAUCCGGACUAACGAGCUCCGCGGAGAGGCGGAGGUGAGAAGGUGCUACCAACACACACUUUCCCACUUCGACAAGCGACCGUUCUUUCCCAGAGUUGCCCAGAAGACGAGAAGCGGAAGGAAUCAUGAUCGCGAAACGGAAGGAACCAAUAUCAAAGAAGAAGACAAAGAAGAAAAAAAGGAAAGAGACAUACAACACCAGGUUAUUCACCGGUCGUCACCGAUCCGACUACUAGCCUGGCGGUCACUGGCUUAUCUAGGGGAGAGCGGACGGGAUCCCGAGUUUUUGGCCCAGUGCCUAUGGUCAUAUGU